AUGCGGAGCCUAGUCCUCCAACGCCGUUCUCCUUCGAAGAUGAGCUAUGUCGAUGGACGCUUGAGGCUGUUGGUUACCCAACUGCUCAUUCAUUUCAGCAUUUCCUCCCCUCAGUCUCCAUCCAUUCCUCUCCUUGAGACUCAUUUCCUUCUCCCACCCCUCACUCCCCCUCAUUGCUCUUCAUUCUCCGUGUUUGCCCCUCUUCAUCCCUCCCUGCACCUCAUAAUCUCUCCCCCACCCCUCACUCCCCCUCCCUGCUCUUCAUUCUCCGUAUUUGCCCCUCUUCAUCCCUCCCUGCACCUCAUAAUCUCUCCCCCACCCCUCACUCCCCCUCCCUGCUCUUCAUUCUCCGUGUUUGCCCCUCUUCAUCCCUCCCUGCACCUCAUAAUCUCUCCCCCACCCCUCACUCCCCCUCCCUGCUCUUCAUUCUCCGUGUUUGCCCCUCUUCAUCCCUCCCUGCACCUCAUAAUCUCUCCCCCACCCCUCACUCCCCCUCCCUGCUCUUCAUUCUCCGUGUUUGCCCCUCUUCAUCCCUCCCUGCACCUCAUAAUCUCUCCCCCACCCCUCACUCCCCCUCCCUGCUCUUCAUUCUCCGUGUUUGCCCCUCUUCAUCCCUCCCUGCACCUCAUAAUCUCUCCCCCACCCCUCACUCCCGCUCCCUGCUCUUCAUUCUCCGUGUUUUCCCCUCUUCAUCCCUCCCUGCACCUCAUAAUCUCUCCCCCACCCCUCACUCCCCCUCCCUGCUCUUCAUUCUCCGUGUUUGCCCCUCUUCAUCCCUCCCUGCACCUCAUAAUCUCUCCCCCACCCCUCACUCCCCCUCCCUGCUCUUCAUUCUCCGUGUUUGCCCCUCUUCAUCCCUCCCUGCACCUCAUAAUCUCUCCCCCACCCCUCACUCCCCCUCCCUGCUCUUCAUUCUCCGUGUUUGCCCCUCUUCAUCCCUCCCUGCACCUCAUAAUCUCUCCCCCACCCCUCACUCCCCCUCCCUGCUCUUCAUUCUCCGUGUUUGCCCCUCUUCAUCCCUCCCUGCACCUCAUAAUCUCUCCCCCACCCCUCACUCCCCCUCCCUGCUCUUCAUUCUCCGUGUUUGCCCCUCUUCAUCCCUCCCUGCACCUCAUAAUCUCUCCCCCACCCCUCACUCCCCCUCUCUGCUCUUCAUUCUCCGUGUUUGCCCCUCUUCAUCCCUCCCUGCACCUCAUAAUCUCUCCCCCACCCCUCACUCCCCCUCCCUGCUCUUCAUUCUCCGUGUUUGCCCCUCUUCAUCCCUCCCUGCACCUCAUAAUCUCUCCCCCACCCCUCACUCCCCCUCCCUGCUCUUCAUUCUCCGUGUUUGCCCCUCUUCAUCCCUCCCUGCACCUCAUAAUCUCUCCCCCACCCCUCACUCCCCCUCCCUGCUCUUCAUUCUCCGUGUUUGCCCCUCUUCUCCGUUGUUCCCUGCACCUCUUCAUUCUCUCUUUCCCUUUCCCCCACCCCUCAUUCUCCCUCCCUUCCUUUCAUUCUCAGGGUUUGCGCCUCAUCCUCUCUCCCUGCACCUCUUUCCCUUUCCCCCACCCCUCAUUCUCCCUCCCUUCCUUUCAUUCUCAGGGUUUACGCCUCAUCCUCCCUCCCUGCACCUCUUUCCCUUUCCCCCACCCCUCAUUCUCCCUCCCUGCCCCUCAAUUGUCUUUCCCCGCCCCAGAUUCACCCUCCCUGCCCCUCAAUUCUCUUUCCCCACCCCACAUUCUCCCUCCCUGCACCUCAUUCUCUUUGCCCACCCCUCAUUCUCCCUCCCUGCCCCUCAAUCUCGGUGUUUGCCUCUCAUCUUCCUUUCCUGCUCCUCAUUCUCUCCCCCCUACCCCUCAUUCCCCCGAUCUGCCCCUCAUUUGCACUACUGUGCCCUCGACACCCAGGCCAUGA